AUGAACCUUCCGCUGGUGGUGGGCGUGCUGGUGGUGGUGGCGGCGUCGCCGCUGGUGCUCGACGGCUUGCAUGCGGUGUGUCCACGGCUCGGCAUCGGCCGCAGGGCCCAGCGAUCGGCCGGCUAUAUGCUGAUGGCCCUCCUUGCGGCGCUGCCGCACAUGGGCAUCGGCCUGCUCUGGGCAGUCUUUGCGCCGUAUGUGGCAGCGGAGCAAAAUGUUGUCUCGGGGCAUGUGGCAGAGAUGGCGCUGUCUGCUCUCGGCCUGGUUCUCUUUGCCGGCAUCAUCCGCAACCUCGUUGCCGCCCUCUUUCCGCCGUCGCCUGAUGGCGGUCGGGAGGCGGGUUGGGAGCCGGCAUGGGUUGACGCCUGCCGCGAGUGCGGGCUGGACGCGGUGCCGGAGCGCGAUCACCACUGCGUCUUUCUCAAUCGCUGCGUCGACGCCUCCAAUCACACCGUCUUUGUCCGUUUUGUCGUCUUUCUCUGGCUCGGCGCGAGCUACGCGCUCGCGAUCUCGGGCUACGGCUACCUCGAGUGUGGCUACCACGUCCGCGCGCUCGUUCGGCCGCCCUCCUGCGCUGAGCUGGAGGGCAUGCACAUCCUCGCGCUGCCGCUCAUCGCGCUCUGGCUCCCGCUCACCCUCCUCACUCUCCUCGUCGUCCGCCUCGCGAUUGGUGGUCUCGGCCUCAGCCGCUGGCUCCGCGCCUGGCGUCGCGGGCAUGGCGCGAGCAACCCAAAGACAGCGAUUCCACGUCGGCGGGUGAGGGAUCGCGGCUGGCGGGUGGUGUUUGGCGCGAGCUGACGGAGCCCCGUGUCACUUCUUCUGCCUCG